AUGCGGGCGUUCUCCUUCCCGGCCAGCCCGGAGCGGAGCCGGCUGCGCGGAUGGCUGGAAGGCACCGUGGCCGGCCUGUGCGAGCUCCAUCUGCUGCGGGAGCGCCAGGAGCGCCGAGUCCGGCAGGCGCUCAGCCUCGCCUCCCACCGCUCCCCGGCCAAGCAGCAGCAGCAGGGCGAUGCCGGAGCAGGAGGAGAGGGCGGCGGUGGAGGCGAGGAGCCGGCGCCGGAGGACCAGCUGGAUGCGCUGCCUGGUUUGAUGUGGGAACUGGAACAGCAGCUGGGGCUACUGCGACUUUACCCUGAGAAGACGGGCAGGGAGGCAACAGAGACGGACAGCUGGCCAAGCUCAGGUUUCUGCGAGGGCCCGCAGUCGGCUGUCGCCUCUGAUUCUCCGGCAUCCGGGUUUGGCGAUUCCUCUUCCAGUUUUCCUUCUGCUUCGGGGUCCUACUCCAGGAUUGGUUAUGCCAGUGAGCGCCCCAAAUCCGUGGGUGAGUCAGUGAGGGGCAUACUUGAUUUGAGGGGGAGGGUGUAUCUUAUUUCCUGA